GUCACGGUGAUCAGCUCCUCCAGGAAAUGCCCCGUGAUGUGGCAGCUAAGGGUGACUUUGCUCCCCUGCGAGAAGGUCAGCACCCAGCAAAGUCCAGCAGCCUGGGGAUUACCAACAGCAGAGCAGAGCAGAGCAGAGCAAAGCAGAGCUGCUGUUAGAGCCUCUCACUCCCGACGCACCCCCUGCCCCGCCAGCGCCCUUCACCCCUGUCCCGCAGCCCCUGCCCCAGCCGCGUUGGGUUGGGUUGGGUUGGGUCGCCACCUCGGGUUGAGUCUAUCCCGGGAGGUGUCACCACAUGCGGGGCCCCCUCGCCGGGCCUGGGGCGGGUGCGGGCAGGGAAAGCGAAAGAGAAAGCAGUGCCCGGGCAGGGGAAGCCCAGCCGGGCCGGCCGGGACCCGAUGGCGUCGGGGGAGAAGUCGGCGGCAGCCCCGCGGCACCAGAGGGUCUGUCCGCCCGGGGGGCGCCCAGGGGCCGGCGCGGGCGGACGCGCGUCCUGCGGGCACUGGGUGAGCGCGGCCGAGCUGCAGCCGUGGGUGCGGGCGCUGCUGCAGCAGGGCAUCACGUCCUGGCGCUGCCCACGCUGCCCAGAUACCCUGUGGCUCUGGCAGGAGCUCUGUGACCUCGGUCUCUUCUCACGCCAGGAUAGGGCCCGGCUGGAGGCCAGGAUCCUGGCACAGGAGGGUGCCAAGAGUAGCUACCGCCAGUGCCCGCGCUGCCAGCUCCUGGUGCAGCGCCCGGCGCCCGGGCCCCUGCGCACUGCCUGCCCCCCCUGCUCCCGGCAGGCCGGCCAGCUGCGCUACUUCUGCUGGGGCUGCCACCAGGCCUGGGACGAGACCCCAUCCCCAGGCGAUGCCGGCCAUGGCUCCCGGUGCAUGCUGCUGACCAUGCUGCACGAUGCCCCUGCGAUCCAGGCCCCCGAGUCGUCCGUCCACGGCUGUCCCUCGCUGCGGGCUUGUCCUUGGUGCUGCACCCUGGUGACACACAACAAGCAGGGCUGCUCCUCGGUGCAGUGCCCGCAAUGCCAGGCCUUCUUCUGCUACCGUUGCCUGCACGACCACUACGAUGACGGCCACGAUGAUGAUGACGACGACUAUGACGACUACUCUGACGACCUUGGUGACCCCUGGCCCUGGAGCUGUCCCAUCACUGCCCAGCAGGAGCUCCCCUAGAGUGGGGUCAGCUGGGGGGGGCUGUAUUUGACCUCCUCCCCAAAUACACGAGGCCUGUGCCACAAGCCUG